ACACAAAACAAAUCAUCCAAUCCAAUUCUGGCUGCAGCUGGUUCCCGGCCUCUUAAUUAAAGUUAGUACUGUAUUACCUCUCCGUCCCCCACCCCUACCUAUGCCUUAGUAUUAUGCUUCUUCAGAUUACUGGCUGGUAUUAAUUGCCGGGUUCUUAAUAAUUAGAUCGAUGGAUCUCCCUGCUGCAGGCACGGCACACGUCGUCUGUGAAUGAGUAUAUUUACUGUAUAUAUGUAUCUCUCUGUCUUUGCCUCAUUAUUCUCGAUCGAUCGCCCAUUUGAAUCCACAACCGUACGUACGUGUCUUCUUAAUUUCACAUGAUCGAUCACAAGCACUCCUAAGUUAUUUCAUGUUAAUUACAAUCCUCACUAGCUAGCUACUACCCCUGAGUACUAUCACUCUUCUUUCCAAUUUCGAUCGGACUACUGGCUUGUCUUUUUACUAGUAUCUCCUUAAAUUUGGGAGCAUUAAUUUGUUAAUCACAUCUAUACACACAAAAUGGGGUCGAGAGGUGGAGGAGGAGGAGGUCGAAGGAGGGCGGAGAACGGGGGAUAUUGGUGGGUGCAACCUCUGAAGCCUCUGAUGGAAGGGCCGGAUCUUGAAUUAAUAAUGCAAGAUGAAUUUAUAAGCAACAAGGAGGAGACAUUAAUGAUCACCACCACCACCACUUCUUCUUCUUCUUCUUCCAAUAACAAUAAUGCUUCAUCAUCGUCGUCAUGGGAAGUGUUAAGGGAAUGGUUUCGAGUGCACAAGAACAACAACAACAACAACGUCCGCCCCCCAAAUGGCAAUGGCAAUGGCUUCUCAAUAAUGUCAGCAUUAAUGUACUACGGUGGUGGCGGCGGUGGUAUCCCCCACAUUCGGGCCAAAAGGCAGGAUUUGAGGCUUCUGCUUGGGGUAUUGGGCUGUCCUCUCGCUCCCAUUCCUCUCAAGUCUAUCACCACCAAUUUCCCAAUUCUUCACCGUCCACAAAUUAUUAAGGACAUUCCCAUUGAGACUUCUACCGCGCAUUAUAUAAUAGAACAAUACUUGGCGGCGACGGGAUGUAUAAAGCAGCAGCAGCGUAGUAGUAGUGGUGGUGAGAGUAUGAUGAUGAUAAAGAAUAUGUACACGACAGGGACUGUGAAGAUGAUAUGUUGCGAGACAGAAAUAUCAUCGUCGUCGUUGUUGUCAUCAUCAUCAUCAUCAUCAUCAUCUCCGUCUUCUUCUAGUUCUACUAGUAGUGGGAAGGCGGGAGGAGGAAGAGUGAAGAGUAUUGGGACCAGAUCAAGAGGGGAGAAUGGAUGCUUUGUGCUGUGGCAGAUGAGUCCAGGGAUGUGGUCACUGGAGCUGGUUUUAGGAAAUGGUACCGUUGGUGGUAGAGAAAAAGUCAUCGCCGGAAGCAACGGCAAGAUCGUUUGGAGGCAUACCCCUUGGCUCGGCACUCAUGCUGCAAAAGGUCCGCAUCGUCCUUUACGCCGUAUUAUCCAGGGACUAGAUCCGAAGAGCACAGCAAAUCUAUUUGGGGAAGCACAAUGCUUGGGGGAGAAAAGAAUAGGAGAGGAAGAUUGCUUUGUCCUAAGAGUGGCAGCUGAUCGGACGGCUGUGAUGGAGAGGAACGAGGGCCCUGCGGAAGUGAUUAGGCACGUUCUCUAUGGCUACUUCUCCCAAAAGACUGGGCUUCUAAUAUAUCUGGAGGACUCUCACCUCACUAGAGUCCAACCAAUUACACCACCAGAUGAAGCAGCAAACUUUAACAAGAAUAGCAAAAGCAAUACUAGUAGUAGUCAUAAUAAGGAGACGAGGACGGUGUAUUGGGAGACGACGAUCGGGAGUACCAUUGGAGACUACAGAGAGGUGGAUGGAGUGUUGAUAGCUCACGGGGGUAGGACAAUUGCUACCAUUUUCCGCUUUGGGGAGCAAUCCUCCUCUGCCACUGCCACUCCCUCUGCCUCAACGGAACAGUACUACCACUAUAGUAGGACUCGAAUGGAAGAGAUUUGGAGAAUAGACGAUGUGGUCUUCAACGUCCCUGGUCUCUCCCUCGAUUCCUUCAUCCCUCCUUCCGAUAUUGUACUAGUAUGAUUAUUGGAGUAAUUCUGAUGAUGGUCACUCAGCCAUGCAUCUCCUAGCUAGAUCCCUCCAUCAUAUAUACGCAUCAGCACUGCAUAUAUAUGUAUAUAUCCUCAUGCCAACAAAUCGAGCAUAAACAGAACAGGCUACAUUCACUUCACCAUUUAACUUUGGGAUGUUCGUUCUUUCCUUCAUUUUGAUUUGGAGCCCAUUAAAGAAACAAAAAGCUAAAAGACUCUCAGGUUUGCUUUGUAAAAUGAUGAAAUGUAGAAAUUUUAUACUAUCAAAUUUACGGUAGCCGUUAAAUUUUUUCAAGACAAAAUGUAUUUGGUUCAUAUCUCUAUUGAUACUCAAUCAUCAUGCUUUUGGC